AUGAAAUCCAAAUAUGUGAAGAAUGGUAGUUUUUGGGAGGAAAAGAAACCUCCAAGUUGUUCAGCCACUUGGAAUGCAAUGUUGACAGUUAGAGAAGACAUGAGAGAUGGCUACUGCUGGACAGUGGUGUUAGGGGAAGACAUAAAUGUUUGGGAUGAUCCAUGGGUUCCAAGUCUACCAAAUAAGAAACCUGAAAGGAGAGUUAUUGAAGAGCAUGGAGAAGUCAGGGUUAAGGAUCUUAUAAUACAAGAAGAACACAUGUGGGAUGAGAACAAGUUGCAGCAGCUGUUCAACCAAACUGAAGUUACUAAAAUUAUGGAGAUACACUUACCUGAAGCCAAUGAAGACAAUCCUGCUGACAAACUGAUAUGGAUUCAUCAUCCUAAAGGCAAUUUUUCUGCGAAGUCUUUUCUCAAGACCAUGAAUGCUAGAUCUCCAUCGACAUCAACCAAUUACGAGUUUCCAUGGAAGAAAUUUUGGAAGGCCAGAAUUAUUCCUCAUAGAAUACAGAUCUUCAUGUGGAGAAUGCUGAAGAAUGGACUCCCAAUGGCAAAUUGUAUGAAGAAACAUAUACAAGGGAUCAAUUCUAGUUGCAGAUUUUGUGACAUGAGUGUGGAAACGACUGAGCAUUUAUUCCUACAUUGUCAAGCUACACAACCUAUUCUCUGUGCUUCACCUUUAAGCCUAAGAACAAGUGAGCAACCUGAUCUGAAUAUAAAAGAUUACAUCAAGCAAUGGCUAGAGGAAGGAGGGGAUUAUAUUAAACUGAAGUGGGGAGCAUGUGUCUGGUGGGCUAUAUGGAAAGCUAGAAAUGCUUUGGUAUUCAAUAGAGAAAGUCUCAACAUAAAUUCUAUAAUUAAAAAAACAAUGUCCUGGUUUAAUCUGGAGGUCAGUGUUGGUGAGAUUGAAGACAUGCCAACUGAGACAAACUAUUUAGAGACUAGUAAAGACAGCUGGGAACCUCCUGAAGAAAACAUAAUUAAAAUCAACUUUGACGGAGCUGCUGGACAUAAGGGAUUUGCUUGUGGCGCAGUUGCGAGAUAUGGAAGUGUUGGAUUUCGGGGUUGCUAG